AUGGAACAAAGAGGACGGCAGACAUGGAGAGAGCGGACAGAGUGGGUUGCCUACAUUAUGUUUUUGGUAACGUUUUGGAGUCGAGCUUCGGGGCAAUUGCGAUAUUCCAUCUCCGAGGAAAUAAAAGAAGGAACCGCUGUUGGAAAUAUUGCGAAGGAUUUGGGUGUUGAUAGGACCACACUGAAAGAGAGGGGGUACCGUAUUGUGUACGGAACGACAGAGCCACCUUUUCGAGUAAAUCAGGACGAUGGGAUCUUGUAUGUGAACAGAAAAAUCGACAGAGAGGAGGUGUGUGAGCGAAGCAAGGUUUGUCUAAUCGACUUAAAAGCCGUGUUAGAAAAGCCACUGGAGGUGCACUACGUAGCAGUGGAGAUUCUCGAUGUUAACGACAACGCUCCAAGGUUCACAGAAAAUGAAAAGCUGUUAGAGAUUUACGAAUCUGCAUUACCAGGAGCAAGAUUUCAGCUACAAGCUGCGCAUGAUGCAGAUAGUGGAUCAUUAUCCGUUCAGCAGUAUAAGUUGAGUCAGAAUGAACAUUUUCGCUUAGAGGUGAAAGAUCGUGGUGAGGAUCGUAAAACUCCAAGUUUAAUUCUUCAAAAGCCCCUUGAUAGAGAAUCUGCCAAGACCCAUGUAUUACUUCUGACAGCCACUGAUGGAGGUAAACCUCCACGAUCUGGUAACAUGACAAUAAUUAUUGAUGUUUCCGAUGUCAAUGACAACCCCCCAGUUUUCACCCAGGAGUCAUAUACCGUGCAGUUAAAAGAAAAUUCCCCUCUUGGUACAACUGUGAUUCAAGUGAAUGCAACAGAUUUGGAUGAAGGCUCAAAUGGUGAAGUUGUAUAUUCAUUUGGCAAUGACGUGGAUUCGAAGGCACGUGCACGUUUUGAUUUAAAUUCAGUGACCGGAGAAAUCACGGUAGCAGGGUCCAUAGAUUACGAAGAAUGUAGCAGAUACGAAAUUGAUAUUCAGGCAUCCGACAAGGGUGCGGCUACACUAGCUACGGAAAAAAGCGUUAUUAUACAUAUUGCUGACAUAAAUGAUAACGAACCAGAGCUUGAAGUGACAUCUUUUUCACCUGCGCUGCCGGAAGAUUCAAAACCAGGAACCACAGUGGCCUUGAUUAGUGUAAAAGAUUCAGACUCUGGUCUCAACGGAAAAGUUAUGUGUUACAUAACCCAAGAUCUUCCUUUUUCGCUCACCCCAUCUUUACAGAAUGACGUGUAUUCUUUGGUAACAAAACGCCUUUUGGAUCGAGAACAGCAACCCCAAUAUACUGUAACAAUUGUAGGAAGAGACGCAGGUGAACCAUCCUUAUCAUCAGAAAAAACUAUAAAUAUUGCUGUGUCAGAUGUGAAUGACAACAGCCCAGUGUUUUCACAGAAUCCGUAUACUUUCUACAUAACUGAGAAUAACAACCCGGGAGCGUCUGUUUUAUCAGUGGCAGCCCGUGACGACGACGAGGGUAGUAAUGCUCUUAUUUCGUAUCAUAUAGCAAGGGACAGAGUUGGAGAACAUUUGUUUACAUCCUUCCUAAAUGUUAACGGUGAAAAUGGACAAAUUUCCGCGCUAAAAAGUUUCGACUUUGAAACUCUGAAAACUUUCCAGUUCCAAGUUGUCGCCACAGAUUCUGGAACUCCGUCACUAAGCAACAACGUCACGGUGAACGUGUUCAUUCUGGAUCAGAACGACAACGCUCCA